AUGCCGGAGAACAAAAGUGGGAGUAGCUCCAAAUCAAAUGCUACUGAUGAUCAGAAGAAUGAGAAGAAGGCUCUUUCAGAAAUUGUCGAACUUCUUAAACUUACAAAGCCAGAACUUCGAACUCUUUUAUUUGCUAUGCUUUUUCUAUGUAUUUCAUCUGCUGUCAGUAUGCUCUUUCCUAUAGUUCUAGGUAAAGUUAUAGAUACAGCAAAAACGGAUAUAGAGAAAGAAGAAAUAUCAACCGAGACAAAGGUUGGUGGAAUACCGAUGCCUUCUGCUAUCAAAAUAUUCGAUUACGAUGUUCCAACUGCCGUGUUUUACUCGGCGUUGGCUCUUGUAUUUCUAGUAGGAGCCAGUGCCAACUUUGGUCGUAUCGUCCUAUUAAGAAAGGUGGGAGAAAGGAUUAUGAUGAAUCUGAGAGUUAACAUCUUGAGGAAAAUCUUCUUCCAAGAUGCCAAGUUUUGGGAUUACCAUAAAAGCGGUGACUUAAUUUCUCGUCUAGUUAAUGAUUCCACAGUGGUAUCACGUUCUGUAACUCAGAAUGUUAGUGAUGGCUUAAGAUCUCUUAUUAGCGGCUUUGUUGGUAUGAGCAUGAUGCUAGCAAUAUCAGCCAAACUAACCGCCUAUAUGCUUCUUAUCUUCCCGGUACUAUUAUUUCUGGCCUUGGUCUUCGGUAGAAAGGUGAAGAGAGUUUCCAGAGAUAUACAAUCCCAACUUGGUAGUCUCACCAAAGUGUCAGAGGAACAGUUUAGUUUUGUUAAAACCAUUCAAAGUUUCAAUAACGAGGAGUAUGAGGUGGGUAAAUUCAGAAAAGAGGUCAAGAAACUAUACGAUCUCUCCGUUUUUGAAGGCAAGCUUAACGGACUGUUCUAUGGAGUCAAUGGAUUUAUAGGAAAUACCUUCCUUCUAUUUAUGCUCUCUCUGGGAACUUAUAUGGUGAGACAGGGCGACCUCUCCAUAGGAGAGUUAUCAUCCUAUCUUAUGUAUACCAUAUAUUCUGCAUCCAGCGUCUACUCUCUUUCAAACUUUUACUCUGAACUCAUGAAGGGAGUGGGAGCAUCGGGUCGUGUUUUUGAGUUGCUUCACCUCAAGCCGGCUAUAGAUCCCAAAAGGGGAGAAAGGUUGAAUGUUAACGGUGAUAUCCAGUUUGACCACAUCGAGUUUCGGUACCCUACGAGACCAAAGCAUGCUGUGUUCAAAGAUUUGAAUCUUUACGUUCAAGAGGGUGACCAUAUCUGUCUUGUGGGACCAAGUGGCUGUGGCAAGAGUACAGUGGCACAGCUUCUUUUAAGAUAUUAUUUUCCAAAUAGAGGCACUAUAAUUGCCAAUGAUCAUGAGCUCGACGAGGUUAGCCUAGCGUUUUAUCGUAACCAAGUCGGUAUAGUUCAGCAAGAACCUAUGCUAUUUUCCGGUACACUUCGAGAGAACAUUGUCUACGGUCGUCGUGAUGCAUCGAAGGAGGAAGUGCGUAAAGUGUGUGAUUUGGCAUAUUGUUCGGACUUUAUUAAGGGGUUUUCCGAAGGUCUAGAUACCGUGAUUGGAUCCAAAGGUGCUCAAUUAAGCGGAGGACAGAAGCAGCGAGUUGCAUUGGCCAGAACACUUCUCUUGGCUUCAAACGUUAGUCCGGAAGUGGCAGAUAGAUUCAAGCUUGAUGGAAAUUCUGACGUGUUUGAUGACCAGGGUAACAUCUUACUCGGUCCUAGCAUUCUUAUUUUAGAUGAGGCUACUUCAGCCUUGGAUGCCCAUUCAGAAGAAGCAAUUCGAAACACUCUAAACCUUAGACAGGAGGCUGGAUUGACUACCAUUUCGAUAGCUCAUAGAUUGAGCACUAUUGAGAUGAGUAAUAAGAUUGUCGUCUUCAACGCCCACGGAGAGAUCGUGGAGCAGGGAGAAUUUGACACGUUAAUCAGUGAUCCAAACAGUGAGUUCAAUAAAUUGUUGAAAAAGACUUCUACAGGAGAUAAUGUCGAGGAAAUUUAG